AUGUCCAUAAACAUAACCAUCGGCGAAAAGUGCGAGUUCAAGGCCUACCAUGAGACUAUCAAGCACGGCCAGAAGAAUACGGAGCCUGCCCCGGACCCCUUUGAUAGGAACAACUCCCACGAUGAAGAUAGCGCUUAUGCUUUAGUUAUCCGAAGGAAAUAUGAGGAGCACAAACCUAGCAAGACUACAUUGCAUAUCAACUCCCCAUAUAUCCAGAAAGCCUUCCGUGACGUGAUCAAGUCAUACAUCGCUGUUGCGUCGGACUUCACCUCUUCCGUGGAGCUCCAUGGCCCGUUCGAGAUGCUCGCCCAUUACUGGGACGAGCUAGAGGAAUACCGCAGGUCUACAACUGAUGCAAUUGCACGGGAACAUUUGGAUCUCCUUUUUGAAUUCAUGGAACACGAGGUUAAGCCGGAUCGUGACCGUGCCCUCAAGAUGAUCCAGAAACAGCAAAUCGCUUACGACAAUGCGUGGUUUAUAUAUCGCCCUGGGGAUAUCCUAUACACCGAAGAAAGCGGCCAUCCUUGGCUCUUAGUGUGUAAGAAGACGGCGUACGAAGAUAGUAAGGAUACCGGUCCGUACCUCGAAAUUCAUUGCACCUGCACAGACGAUGAUGGCGUGGUAGCAGGCCAAAUAUUAUAUGUUACGGCUUUGAAUCAGAGAGCUGCAUUCCCGGCAGGAAACCCGGCCCCCAUUACGGAACUAGAGAUCUUCCCACGCAGGUUUGUUAAUGAGGGCGAUAGCCUUGAACACCGCCUUAGGGUACGUGGAGAGAAAUACUUGUCUCUGAAGAACCUCUCUACUGUGGCUUACGAUGGCGCUGCUGAAUGGCUCAAGACGCCUCCUUUCGAGUACUACGAUCCUUCUCGAUGUAACUUUCGCGGCGUAUGGCUACCAUAUACUGAAACGGGAAGGGUUAUCUUAGAUCGGAAGACAUAUGGCGAGGAACAUCCUCUAGGUAAGCCUCAGGUCAAGAAGAUGGUUCCAGAGCCGGUAUACUGCCCACCAUACACCCUGGGCUACUCGCUUGGGCGCAAACAGUGGUGUCGGUUCUUCGUUGACUUUAUCCGUGAUGUCCAAUGGGAUGCGAAUGCGUGGGACUCCUUAGUGCUUCCCGACAAAGAGAAGCAUCUGCUUAGAGCUCUGAUAUCAUCUCACGCAUAUUCUAAGAGUCCUCGCGACUCGAUGCAGCAAAAAGGAAAAGGCCUUGUUAUCUUGCUUCACGGGACGCCUGGAUCAGGAAAAACCCUCACGGCCGAGACAGCUGCUGAAGGAAGUAGAAAAGCGCUUGUGUCGACUUCAGUAGGGGAGUUGAACAAGGGAUCAAAUGCAAUCUAUGGGUCUGCCACCUUUGAGAAACAACUCAAGAAAGUAUUGCAAUACGCAACGAUCUGGCAAGCUGUGGUACUUAUUGACGAGGCCGACGUGUUCCUAGAAUCCAGGAAAGACACCGGAAAUGCCGAACGCAACACGUUAGUUGCUGUAUUCCUCAGGGAACUCGAAUAUUUCGGUGGCGUCGUCUUCCUGACUACGAACCGUGUGAGCUCAUUCGACAUUGCAAUGAAAUCCAGAAUCCACCUCUCCCUCAGCUAUACGCCACCAGAGAUUGACGUGCGCAGACGUAUCUGGUCGCAUUGCCUUAUGGCGGUGCCAGCGGACGCCAAGGAGAUAGAUAUCCAAGGAGAAGUCGAUUCCCUGGUGACUGCCAAGCUGAACGGAAGGGAGAUCGCUAACGUCUGUGCGGUAGUCAAUAUGAAUUCGAACGUGAGCCUCACGAUGGACCAUGUUAAGGAGAUCUUAUCGUGGUUAAAUAUCCCCGUACUGGUUGGCCUAUGGAUCUCGUACUAUGCGGCCGUUGUUGUAUAUAAUAUAUCACCGCUACAUCCCCUCUACCAUUUCCCUGGUCCUAAAGUUGCUGCAAUGAGCUAUUUUUACGAGGCCUACUUCGACUGGUGGCUAGUGGGAAGGUAUGGCAGAAGAAUUCGUCAGAUGCAUGAGAAGUACGGCCCAAUUGUCAGAAUAAAUCCCGAUGAGCUUCACUGCAAUGAUCCGUAUUUCUCAGACGAGAUCUACGCCGGCGGAAACCGCAUCAGGGAUAAGUGGCAACAUCAACUCAAUACUGGCGCAGCCGGCCCCGUGUCUGUUACUGGCUUUUCCACUGUUCCGCAUGAGUUGCACCGAAUCCGAAAGGCUCCAUUUGCAAGGUUUUUCUCGCGACAGCAAGUGUUAAAACUUGAAGGAGAAGUACGUGAUUUUACGCAGCGGGUAAUAGAUAAGAUGUUGCGCUUCGCGAAUAAGGGUCCAUUUGAUGUUAAGGAGGCAUAUAACUGCUUCACAGCCGAUAUCAUAUCUCAGUACGCCUUUGGCGAGCCCAUGGGCUUCGUCGACCAAGACGGCUGGGAACCCAACUUAGCAACAUGGGUCAAGUAUUUCUUCAAAAGCGCAUACCUAAUAAGAUACAACACCCCUGUUAGAACACUUGCCCGGUUUUCUCCUUUAAUAGGAAACUUCAUGGGCGAAAAUGUAAGGAAGAUGUUGGAAUGGAUGAAUGUGAUCAUCCCUAAAUACGUCAAGGCAGCUAUCGACAAUCCUGAAAAUGGUAGGGUGUUUGCGGACCUGAUGGAAUCGGAUAUACUACCGGAGCACGAAAAGAGCAUGUACCGCCUGUCUGGGGAAGGGUUUAAUCUUUUAUUAGCUGGAACGGAGACUACGGCGGCAACACUCACAUAUAUCACGUAUUACCUCCUCGCACAACCGGAGCUUUAUGCGUGCUUGAUGGACGCCUUGCGGGGUGUUGACCCGUUCAAUCUCAAAUGGAUCGACUUGGAGCAGCGUCCGUACCUAUGGGCGGUGAUCCACGAAGCGUUACGUCUGACACCUGGCGUUUCGCACAGGUCAGCUCGAAUCGCGCGAACCGAAGAUUUGGUCUACAAUAGUAGAGACGGCAGUGUUCAAUGGGUCAUUCCCAGGGGUACACCUAUUGGUAUGACUUCAGUUAUUAACCAUAGUAACGAAGAACUAUUUCCGAAUCCCGACGAGUUCAUCCCUGAACGCUGGCUCGUGGACGGGCAACCGAACUACGCCUUGGAGAAGAUGUUGAUUUCUUUUGGAAAAGGUACUCGGUCAUGUCUUGGAAUUUAUUUAGCAUAUUGCGAACUUUUCCUCAUGACGGCUGCUUUAGCGUUCCACGUCUUGCCUAGGUCGAAACUAUACGAAACCACUAUCGAGGAUAUAACAUAUGAUCAUGAUCUUAUAGUGCUCCAAACAGUUAAAGGCUCUCUUGCGGUACGCAUUGCCAUAUCUUAG